AACGAGGCAGCAACGCGCCAAAGGUUUCUUGCCGUACCGGGCCGUUAUUUUCUUUGAAAACUCAGGUGACUCCAGUCAACAGAAGCUUUCAAUAUAAAUCAUGUCGUCUGACCCCCAAAGUGGCGAAAUUGUGAGCCAAUGAAUCGCCGCCAUCUGCCGAGUUGUCUUAUAGCUCACGUGGAACCGGCGCGGCCAUUUUGCGGUGCCUCCGAGCAGUUUGCAGAUUUGCGCUUUUCCGGACGCGGCCCCGUGACGUCACGCGCAAAAACAGCACCGCCAGCAAAAAAUGUUGCCACAAGUCAACAGCGGACUGGGCCGACGCGUCAAACGCGAGACGAGCGACGAGAGACGAGCGACGAGCGACCUCGUUUCUACCUUUUGUCUUCCCCUGACAACCGACACCAGGCGCCGGCACGCCACGGUCGAGUGAUCGCGCCCGGCGGCGGCCGCCAUGGAGCAGCCGGACGACAGCCGCUCGGUCGACGCGGCGCCGUCGAACGAGAGCCGAGACGACGACCCGCUCAUCCGGGACGUUCCAGCGUGGCCAUGGUCGCCAUGGUGAACGCCAGCCAGCCCGCGCCGGGCCUCAACGGCUCGUGUCCGCUGCCCGCCGGCCUGGGGAACGCCAGCCAGAAGUUGGAGCAGCCCGACGGGACGCCGCAGUACCCGUGGGACGCCGAGACCCAGGGCUGGCUGCUGGGGGCCUUCUUCUUCGGCUACAUGUGCACGCAGAUCCCGGGGGGCUACCUGUCGGGACGCUACGGGGGCAGCCGGUUGCUGGGUUUGGGGGUGCUGGUCACGGCCGCCCUCACGCUCCUCACGCCGCCGGCGGCCCGGCGAGGACCCCGCUGGCUCUUCGCCCUGCGAGCGCUGGAGGGCCUGGCCGAGGUCACGUCGUCGUCGUCGUCGUCUUCGGAAAACGCGCACGUACACAUGCACGCCAGCCCGAAAAACUCGUGUAGCACGAGAAUGGGUGGGCUGUUGUUUGAUUGGGGAGCCAGAUACCUGUUUGAUUCGUUGAUUGAUUUCAAAGCGAGUCCCGCCCACCUCAGGGCAGGGCAGGGCACAAAAGCUUCGGCAAAAACAAUGUGUGUGUGUGUGUGCGUGCGGCAGGGCGUGACCAUCCCGGCGAUGAUGUCCAUGUGGGCGCGCUGGGCGCCGCCUUUGGAGCGCUCGCAACUCAUCUCUCUGUCGGGCAACGGCGCCAACUUUGGUGCCUUCCUGGCGAUGCCGCUCACCGGGUUCCUCUGCCAAGCGCUGGGCUGGCCCGCCGUCUUCUACCUUUGCGGGGUCGCCGGGUGCCUGUGGGCCGUCCUUUGGUUCCUCCUGGUGUGGGACGACCCCCGCGCCCAUCGGCGAAUCAGCAAAGAGGAGAGAGAUUACAUCGUCGCCGCCGUGGGCCAUCAGGGCGGCGGGCACGGCUGGUCGGUGCCCGUGCUGAGCAUGGUGACGUCGGUGCCGCUGUGGGCCAUCGUGGUGACCCAGAUGUGCUCCAACUGGUCCUUCUACACGCAGCUCACCUCGCUGCCCACCUACAUGAGCAACAUGCUGCACUUUGACCUCAAGGCGAACGGCUUCCUUUCGGCGCUGCCCUACCUGGCGGCCUGGCUGACCGCCACGCUGACGGGCUUCGUGGCCGACCGCCUCAUCGAGCGGAGAGCGUUGAGCGUCACGGCCGUCCGCAAACUCUUCACGCUGACAGGGAUGCUGUUUCCCGCCGUUUUCCUGCUGGCGUUGGCGUACGCGGGCUGCAGCCCGGCGCUCACCGUGGCCUUCCUCACGCUGACGUCGGCCACCGCGGGCACCAGCGGCUCCGGCGUCUUCAUGAACCAGAUCGACAUCGCUCCGCGGUACGCCGGGUUUCUCCUGGGAAUCACCAACACGUUCGGGACCGUUCCGGGGGUCGUGGCCCCCAUCGUGACGGGAUACUUCACCGAGGACCACACCAUGGAGGGCUGGAGGAAAGUCUUCUGGGUUUCGGCCGGCGUCAACUUGAGCGCCGCCGUCAUCUACACGCUGUUUGGAAGCGGCGAGGUCCAGCCGUGGGCCCUGCCGCGGGAGGACGAGGAGGCGCGCGAGGGGCGGACGGCGUAAGAAGUGGCAGCUUCUUCGGCUUGAUCCUUUGAAAUGGGGCAUCCGGGGACUCUUCUUUCAGUGGUCUUUGGUGGUUCAGGGGGUCCGCCUCGGGCCGAGCGCCGACAGUUUUGGCUUCGGGCUUUGAUGGGCGACCGCUGACGAGCAGUCCGGAAGCUUCCGACGCGCAUUUCUCGGAUUACGGCUCGUUUGUUCUUUUCUUUGCAAUGUAACAGUUACACUCGAUGGUUGCGCGGGACGACUUUGACGAAACCUGUGAAGCAAGUCGAGCUCUUUUUGCAAGCAUAAAAGAAAAACACCACAAGCCUGAAAGAGGACCGACACAUUCCGCAUUAUGCCAACAGUGAUUAUGAGGUCUUAUGGAAAGUAUUAUGAAACAUCAAAGCACACGUUUGGGUAUUCCUUUGACCGGUCUGUGCGGGGUUUGAAAUGCUCACCUACUGUAUAUGUACCUUGUUACACAAAAGUUUUGUCAUAAAACUUGAAGCUU